CUCUGCAGAUGUGAAAGUGAAAGAAUAGCAUUCAGCCCGGUUCCUGAUUGCAGGUCCUGGAAACCUGAGUUUUGGCUGGGAAGAUAAAAUAUCCCAAGUCACCUGAAUUAAAACUGAAGAUCAACCCUCCUUCAACUUACUAAGGGUAUCAUGGAUAUUGAAGCAUAUUAUCAAAGAAUUGGUUACAAAAACCCAAGGAACAAAUUGGACUUGGAAUCACUAACAGACAUUUUUCAGCACCAGAUCCGAACUGUUCCCUAUGAGAACCUUAGCAUUCACUGUGGGGAGUCCAUGGAGUUGGACUUAGAGGCCAUUUUUGAUCAAAUUGUGAGGAGGAAUAGAGGUGGCUGGUGUCUCCAGGUCAACUAUCUUUUGUACUGGGCUUUGACUACCACCGGUUUUGAGACCACAAUGUUAGGAGGGUUUGUUUAUGGCAGUAAUAAUGACAAAUACAGCACUGGCAUGAUUCACCUCAUAGUACAGGUGACCAUCAACGGCAGGAACUACAUUGUCGAUGCUGGGUUUGGACGCUCCUACCAGAUGUGGCAGCCUGUGGAGUUAAUUUCUGGGAAAGAUCAGCCUCAAGUGCCUUCCAUAUUCCGCUUGAGAGAAGAGGGAGAAACCUGGUACCUGGACCAAAUCAGAAGACAGCAACAUGUUCCAGACCAAGAAUUUCUUAAUUCUGAACUCCUGGAAAAGAAAAUAUACCAAAAACUCUACUGCUUUACUCUUCAACCUCGAACAAUUGAAGAAUUUGAGUCUGCAAACACAUAUCUUCAAGAAUCCCCAUCAUCUGUGUUUUUAGACAAAUCAAUUUGUUCCUUGCAGACCCCAGAAGGUGUUCACUGUUUGGUGGGCCUCACCCUCACCUCCAGGACCUACAAUUAUAAGGAAAAUACAGAUCUGGUAGAGUUUAAAGUUCUGACUGAGGAAGAAGUGGAGGGAGUGCUGAAAACUAUAUUUAAUAUUUCCUUGGGAAAAAAGCUUGUGUCCAAAAAUGGUCAUUUGUCUUUCACUAUUUAGAGUACGAGGCAAAAAAUACCUUCUAUCUUAGUACAAGUACUUAAGCUUUUUAUUAUAAAAAUGAUCAAACAUGAAAAAUCACAGAAAAUAGGAUAAUAAAUUCAUAUGUAUUUAUCAACCAGAUCACCAAUUAUUCACUGCUGACAGAUAAUAUUCUCCCUACUCUCAUAUUGUUUUAAUGAAAAUCAUAAACAUCAAUCUUGGUUGCUCUUCUUCCAGUCCAGCUCUCUGCUGUGGCCCGGGAGUGCAGUGGAGAAUGGCCCAAGUCCUUGGGCCCUGCACCCACAUGGGAGACCAGGAGAAGCACCUGGCUCCUGGCUACGGAUCAGCUCAGUGUGCCGGCUACAGCAGCCCUUGGUGGGUGAACCAACGGAAGAGGAAGACCUCUGUCUCUCUCUCUCACUGUCCACUCUGCUUGUCAAAAAAAAAAAGAAAGAAAAUAAUAAACAUCAAAUCAUUCACCUAUAAUGACAUCAACAUAUAUAAUUUGAAAACUUUGUAAUGAACUCCUUUAAAAAAUUAAUAAAAAAGCAUUUUAAUAAUGGUA